AUGGCGGAGCUCGGCGCUCACCUGACGGGCUCCUCGGCCGGCGAUGACCGCCCCUCCAUCUUCGAGGCGGUGGCACAGGACAGCCUGAUGGCCGCCGUGAAACCCGCCCUGCAGCACCUGGUUAAGGUGCUUGCUGAGUCUAACCCUGGCCGGUACGGCUUUCUCUGGCGCUGGUUUGACGAGGUCUACGUCGUGCUGGAUCUGCUGCUCCAGCAGCACUGCCUGGCCAGGUGCAGUGCUUCCUUCUCUGAGAACUUCUACAGCUUAAAGAGGAUAGCUCUGGGAGACUGCAGGCAGCAGCCGCUGGCCACUGCCGGCCUGCCGAAGAGGCAGCACUGGAAGUCUCUCCUCUUGCUGGUUCUUGUUCCUUACCUGAAAGGAAAGCUCGAGAAACUGGUGUCCAGCCUGAGGGAUGAGGAUGAGUACUCCAUCCACCCUCCAUCAUCGGCCUGGAAGCGCUUUUACAGAGCCUUUCUGGCUGCCUACCCCUUUGUAAACAUGACCUGGGAGGGGUGGUUCCUCAUCCAGCAGCUGUGCUACAUCCUGGGGAAAGCUCAGCAUCACUCACCCCUGCUGAGGCUGGCUGGUGUGCGCCUCGUCAGGCUGACUGCAGAGGACAUCCAGGCCCUGGAGAAGAGAUCGGCUGCAGCACCCUCAAGUCAGGCACUCAGCAUUAGAACACGAGUGCAGUCAGCAGCAAGGAAGGCGUUGGGAGGCAUUGCCUUCUCCCUGUCCACUGGGCUGUCUGUCAGCGUGUUCUUCCUUCAGUUCCUGGACUGGUGGUACUCCUCAGAAAACCAGGAGACCAUCAAAUCCCUGACGGCGCUCCCCACCCCUCCGCCCCCGGUGCACCUGGACCACGGGGCCACCUCAGCUCUCCUGCCCAAGCUGAAGACUGUGUGCCCUCUCUGCCGCAAAAUCCGCGUCAACGCCACGGCCCUGUCCACCUCUGGCUUUGUGUUCUGCUACCGCUGCAUCUACAGCCACGUCAAGAGCCACCAGAGCUGCCCCAUCACAGGCUACGCCACCGAGCUGCAGCACCUGGUCAAACUCUACUCCCCCGAGAGCUGA